AUGUAUAUUUCAAGAUGGCGUCAUUCUCGACGAUAUUUAUAUAUCGGUGUUAGUUUAUUAUUUUUCUUAACUUUAUUUAUUCAUUUUCAAUAUUUUACACAACGACUGGAUUUCGAUGAUAAAAAAUCACAACAAUCAACAUAUUGUGAUCAAACAAUUAUUCGUAAACAUUUUAUGAAUGAUCAAAGUCCCAAACAAUUAUUUGAACAAGAGCCAAUUCGAACAGAUUUUAGUUAUGAAAUAAAAAAUCAAUAUUUUUGUUCCUCGGUAAAACCUCAUGCUCUUAUAUUUGUCGUUUCAAAAUCAAGUAAUUAUGAUUCACGAAGUGCUAUUCGUCGUACAUGGGGUAAUUUAACUCGUGUAACAUCUUUCGAUAAAUUUUCUUAUCUUCGUCUCAAACUUCUUUUUCUUAUUGAUAUCGAUGAAGCUUAUUUAUUAACUAUCAAUCUUGAACAAACAUUAUUUCAAGAUCUUGUUCAAGUUCGCUUACCACAACAGUAUAGAUUAUCAACAUUUAGAGAUAUGGCUAUGCUACAUUGGACAGAAACAUAUUGUCCCGAAGCAAUGAUGACAGUAAAAACAGAUGAUGAUAUUUUUCUUAAUACCUAUUUAUUAGUUAAUGCAAUAGAUACUAUUCUUAUGAAUACGAUAAAUAAUCGAACAAAUCUUCAUUGUAACUCUUCGGAUACGUCAGCAAUUAUUUAUGGAGUUGAAAUUCAAAAUGCUUAUGUUGUUCGAAAUUCCAAUGAUCCAUAUCUAGAAGCAACACGUUAUAUUGUAACUAAUGAGGAAUAUCCAUGUAAAAAUUAUCCUCUUUAUAUGAGCGGUUUCGGUUAUAUGGUUAAUCGUAAUGCACGUUCAAAACUUCUUUGUACAUUUUUUCGAGAUAAAAAACCUUUUCAUAUAUCCGAUGUCUACGUAACUGGUAUAUUACCUGAAUAUGUUGGUAUACAACGAAAAGAUUUAGGUUUAUUAAUAAGUUAUCGAUCAAGUGAUGAUUGUGAAAAAUUUUUUAGUGAAAAAAAUGCUAAUAAUUAUGCAUGUGCAUCAUCAUUACAUUAUAAUAAUAAACAAGUUGAUAUAUUUGAACGUUUUAACACAUAUUGGAACCAUAUAUAUAAUAAUAGACUGUUAUAUAUCAAUCGAAGUUUUUUUUCUAUGCUAAACUAA